AUGAUAUGUCUUUCUGAAAGGCAAUUAUAGAAAAUCACAAUUCAUUCAAAUAGACCAUUCAUUUAACUUCCAUUAAUAUCGAAAUCAAAUGAAACACUUGUAAUCAUUCUUUAAAUUAAGACUUAAGCGAUUAAAUAAUAAAGCUAUGUUAUCUGAAAGAAAUAAAAAUUAAACAACAAACUAAUCAUCUGAAAAAGAUGUAUAUUGUCUUAAAUUACCUAAAAUACAUCAAAAGACUCCAGAAAAAAUAGACACUCAUUAUAAAUUAACACAUUCUUAAGUAUAAUCAUAAAAAAUGUAAAUUAUUUACUUAUUUUGAGACUCUAAAAUGAUCAAUCAUUUGAUAAUUUAAAAAAAUAUAAUAAAUAAAUAAAAGAUAUUUAAUAAAGACAUAAUCGAUUUCUUAACAAAAUAGAAGAGUUAUAUAUGAUUACCAAAUAGCCAUAAUGA